AUUUAAAAAGGGGGGGGGGCAGGGAGCUGGGGCUGGGACUUAACUGUAGAGCUUCACCGGAUCCAAUUCCCAGUAAGGUAAGAAACAAAACAAGAAACCUUAUAAUAAAGCCCCUUUCACCCUCCAAUCCUGAGAUAACAAAUCCUGUAGUUCUCCCUCAUCGUCGCUGUCAGCAUUCUCCUCUUCCUUUUUUUGCAGUUCUUUUAUAGUCAAAACCUCUUUAAGUUUAUUUUUAAUCUCAUCCUGGCGAUUCCGCAGCUUUUCCACCCGACGGUAACAUUCUAUCUGCUCAUCAAUCUCCCCAAUCUGGCGGUCCAACCGUCCCUCCUCAUCCUCUUCAGCGACUAUAGCUUCGGAAAUAGUGUUGACCUGCCUCAUGGCUUUUUGAAAUUCCUCCCACUCUUUGUCCAUUUGGUCCUUUGGAGCAUCAACCUUUCGUACCUUUGCAUCUACUUCAGGGUCGUCAAAAAAUCCUUCCGGUAAUGCUUCCGCGGUAUUCUCUCUCCUUUCCACCACUUUUUCAUGUAUUUCUGCUUUCUCAAUUGACCCUGAAUGAGGAAUUAAGGGGGCCUUGGGAGGAUUGGUAUUAAAGGAAUCGUUUGGUAGCACACUACUUGUUGCUUCCCGAGAGGAAGAAAGUGAGUGUUCUUUGCCGUGUGUACUAGGCGGCAGCUUACUAUCUCCUUUUUUUCCUUCUCCGCCUCCCUCCUCUUCCUCCUCCUCCUCCUCCUCAUCUUCAUAAUCAGGGAGUAAACCGAGUCCCGAAGGUUUACUGGGUGUCGAUCUAGCGGACUCUUUUCCUGUUUUGUCAAAGUUGGUGGACAAAGCGGACGUGGAGGGCUGUACCUGAGGAACCGAGGCCUUCGCUCUCUUGGCGUCUUGAUUAUCCGCAUCCGACGCUUUCCUCUUGAUGAGAAGAGACGCAGCGUUUGCAGAUGGACCCUGGGCGGCUCCCUUCGCACCUUUCAGCUCGGACACUUUCUCUCGGUGCUGCUUUCCCAAGACGUGAGUCUGCCACAGGAGCUCGCUCUUUACCGGGGUGUUACAAAGGGCACAGCUCAACUGCCCCAAGCGGUUGUACUUCGCGAACGGAGAUUCUAUCCUUUUCCGGUUACUGCUCAGACGCUGCUUCUCCUUCAUCAAUCGUCUGAGUUCUUCUUGAUUUACUACUCGCUUCCCGGCCGCAGGCCGAGCGGAGGCGGAGGACGCCAUUUUUGCGACCAGAUCUCUGGCGAUUCUGGCUUCCGUCCCGGCGAGGCUUGAUUGCGUCACUUCCUGAUGGAGCGACGAUUGGUCACAGCGCAGGAGAGGGCGUGGCGCCAGAAUUUUACCUCAGAACCAGCAAGAAGGCUGUUUUUCCCCGCUCAACCGUUAGGCUAUGGCAGCGAUCAAAGCUAUAAACUCCAAGGCUGAGGUGGCGCGGGCCCAGGCGGCCUUGGCUGUCAACAUAUGCGCCGCCCGAGGGUUGCAGGAUGUGCUGCGGACCAACCUGGGUCCUAAGGGCACCAUGAAAAUGCUUGUUUCUGGUGCCGGUGACAUCAAACUCACCAAAGAUGGCAAUGUACUGCUUCAUGAGAUGCAAAUUCAACACCCAACAGCUUCCUUGAUAGCAAAAGUUGCAACAGCACAGGAUGACAUCACAGGAGAUGGUACUACUUCAAAUGUUCUAAUUAUUGGAGAGUUAUUAAAACAAGCUGAUCUUUACAUUUCUGAGGGCCUGCACCCUAGAAUAAUAGCAGAAGGAUUUGAAGCUGCAAAGAUAAAAGCACUUGAUGUUUUGGAGGAAGUUAAAGUAAAAAAGGAGAUGAAAAGAGAAAUCCUCUUGGAUGUGGCUAGAACAUCUCUACGGACGAAAGUUCAUGCAGAACUGGCUAAUGUGUUAACAGAGGCUGUGGUGGAUUCCGUAUUGGCUGUUAGAAGACCAGGUUAUCCUAUUGAUCUCUUCAUGGUGGAAAUAGUGGAGAUGAAGCAUAAAGCAGGAACAGAUACACAGUUGAUCCGAGGAUUAGUUUUGGAUCAUGGUGCCCGUCAUCCAGAUAUGAAGAAGCAAGUAAGAGAUGCAUUUAUUCUUACUUGCAAUGUGUCACUAGAAUAUGAAAAAACAGAGGUGAACUCUGGUUUCUUUUACAAGACUGCAGAAGAGAAAGAGAAAUUGGUAAAAGCUGAAAGGAAAUUUAUUGAAGAUAGAGUACAAAAAAUAAUAGACCUGAAAGAGAAAGUCUGUUCUGAGACCAAUAAAGGAUUUGUUGUCAUUAAUCAAAAGGGAAUUGAUCCAUUUUCCUUAGAUGUUCUUGCAAAACAUGGAAUAGUAGCUCUUCGUAGAGCCAAAAGAAGAAAUAUGGAAAGACUCUCUCUUGCUUGUGGUGGAGUGGCUGUGAAUUCUCUUGAAGACCUAAAUGCAGAAUGCUUGGGACAUGCUGGUCUUGUAUAUGAGUACACACUAGGUGAAGAAAAGUUCACUUUUAUUGAGGACUGUGUUAACCCUCGCUCUGUCACCUUGUUGGUCAAAGGACCAAAUAAGCAUACUCUUACACAAAUCAAGGAUGCCCUAAGAGAUGGACUUCGUGCCAUCAAAAAUGCCAUUGAAGAUGGUUGUGUGGUUCCAGGGGCUGGUGCAGUUGAAGUGGCAAUAGCUGAAGCUCUUGUUAAGCACAAGCACAGUGUAAAGGGAAGAGCUCGUCUUGGAGUCCAAGCUUUUGCUGAUGCCUUACUCAUUAUUCCCAAGGUUCUGGCUCAGAAUUCUGGUUAUGACUUGCAGGAAACACUAGUAAAAAUUCAGGCUGAGCAUUCAGAAUCAAAGCAACUGGUUGGCAUAGAUUUGAAUACAGGGGAGUCAAUGGUACCAGCAGAUACAGGAGUCUGGGAUAAUUAUUGUGUGAAAAAACAACUUCUUCACUCUUGCACAGUGAUUGCCACCAACAUUCUCCUGGUUGAUGAAAUUAUGCGAGCUGGGAUGUCUUCUCUCAAAGGGUGAUGAAAUGAAACCCAACUCUUCUGGAAGACAAUUCAGGGCAUCUGACAUUCAACUGUUGUGGGAUAGCAUGGGCCAUUCUUAAUUUUUACAAAAUAAAUGUAGCUUAUAUAUUAUGGUUUAAAUUGUCUCAAAGAUCAUCAAGUUAUAAAGAGCCAAAGAAAUGUUUUCACAGUAAAAGGAUAUAAUGGAAAUAUUUUUUCAGAGUCCUAACUCCUUACUCUGUGUUUUGUAAGCUAUUGCAAUUUUUAUAAAAUAGAAUUUAUUAUAAUUGUUAGAUAUUUUGGGAUAACUUUUAAUUAUUCAAAUAUGCAGCACAGGUUUUAGAAUCUAAAUAAAUUCCCCAUUUAUCAGAGGGUAUAAAGGUAGUAAGACAAACUGUUUUACUGUCUUGAAAGUCCUUCAGUAAAUUCUUGUUGCCACUCUUUCCUUUUAUAAAUAUAGCAUCACUUUA